AUGGCGACAAGGAGGAUGCUGCUGCUCUGGGCCGGGCUGGCGCUGCUGGCGGGCCCCGGCACGGCCGCCCCCAUGGGCCGGGAGUUCAUCACGGCUUUCAUGGAGAAUUACCAGAUCAGCUACUCCCAGGCUGACUUCCAGCUCUUUGUCUCCGGCUACUCACCCUCCACCACCGUCACCGUCGAGGUGCGUAAGUCCCAGUUCCGCCAUACCUUCCAGCUUGGCCAGGGCCAGACGGUCUCGGUGAAGAUCCCGGCCAGCGCUGAGAUGUCCGGCACCACCAAGUUCUGCAGCACCGUCCUGGUGCAGGCGGACAAGGAUGUCUCGGUGAUGUCACUCAAUGCCAAGGAGCUGACGGUUGACACUGGCGUGGUGUACCCGGUCCAGAGCCUGGGCUUAGAGUACUACAUCCUCACGCCAGCUGGAGACGUCUCCGGGACCUACAAAGAGUUCUCUGUCAUGGCAUGGCGGGAGCCCACCACCGUGGAAAUCCACCUGAAGGGCAGUGUGAGGUUCCAAGAGCAGGUCUACCGGGCCGGCAGCAAGAUCACCGUCUCCCUUGCGCCCUACGAGGCUGUCCAAUUCCAGAGCAGCCAGGACCUGUCUGGCACCCGGGUGGUGUCCCUGAAGCCGGUGGCAGUGCAGAGCGGGCACAGCUGUGCCCAGAAGAACACCAAGUGCAACCAUGUGGCCGAGCAGCUGUUGCCCGUCUCCAAGUGGGGCACGGCUUUCUUCGUGCCACCGAUGCCCUUCCAGGCCAGCUACGACCUGGUAUACGUGGUCGCCUCCCAAGCCACGCAGCUCACCUACCUCUCUGGCGGGGCCCAGGGGAGACAGGGUCUGGUGUCUGGGCAGGUCCUGCAGUUGGAGGUGAGUCUGGCCAAACCACUGUACAUCUCCGCCAGUGCCGGCAUUCAAGUCUUCUUCUUCUGCACCGGCGGGACCCAGGGCAUCAUGCGUUACGACCCCUUCUUGGUCAGCAUCCCGGACGUCUCCAGCUACUGUGCCUCCUACUCCAUCGCUGGCCAGCAGGGCUUCCAAAACUAUGCCAUCAUUGUGGCCAAGACUGCAUCGGCCGCCGGCAUCACCAUGGAUCAGCGACUCCUGAGCGGGGUGCGCUGGAAACCGAUUCCCGGCACGGAGUAUUCCUGGGGAGAGUUCAACCUGGGCAGCGGGGCCAGUGCCCACUCGGUAGAGCACCCCAGUACCACCUUUGGGCUGCUGAGCGUCGGCAUCGCUCAGCAGAAUGGCUACGGCGUGGCUGCCCUUUGCCAGAGUGAAUCCCCGGUGCCCUCCUGCAGCUCUGUGCAGUGCCGGAAGAAGGAGACCUGCCAGAUGGCCAAUGGCAGACCCGGGUGCGUGGCCACCUCCGUGGCAACUUGCUGGGCGCUUGGUGAUCCCCACUACCGCACCUUCGAUGGGCGCAACUAUGACUUCAUGGGCACCUGCACCUACACCCUGGCCAAGACCUUCAGCUCGGAUUCAGCUCUCCCAGCUUUCCACGUCACGGCUAAGAACGAGAACCGGGGCAACCAGAGAGUUGCCUACGUGGGCUUUGUGACCGUGCAGGUCUACGGCUACACCAUCUCUGUGGUCAGAAAUGAAUACGGGCUUGUGAGGGUGAAUGCCCAGCACUCCCGCCUUCCUAUCUCCCUGAUGGAGGGGAAACUGAGGGUGUAUCAGAGUGGGGGCUCUGUGGUCAUCGAGACUGACUUCUCCCUGAGGGUCUCCUACGACUGGGGCAGCUCGCUGGUGGUGAAGAUCUCCAGCAGCUUCUGGGAGAGUGUGCGUGGCCUGUGCGGCAACUACAACGGGGAACCUGGGGACGACUUUGCCACCCCCAUGGGGGCACUGGCUGCUAGUCCCGUGGAGUUCGGGAAGAGCUGGAAGGUGGAGGACGGGGACAGGUUCUGCUGGGACGACUGCCAUGGGGUGUGCAAGAGCUGCUCCCCAGAGCUGGUCGGCAGGUACAAAGCUGAGCCCUUCUGCGGCUGGAUCACCAAAGGGGCGGGUGGCCCCUUCAGCCGAUGCCACUCCGUGAUCGACCCCAAAAUCUACCUGGACAACUGCGUCUAUGAUCUGUGCAUGAAUGACGGCCUCAAGGAGAUGCUGUGCCGGGCGCUGACGGCCUACACCGAUGCCUGCCGGAGAGAGGGGGUGGAUAUCUCUGAGUGGAGAAGUCUCACAGGCUGCACUCUGCCCUGCCCGGAGAACAGCCGGUACCAGCUCUGUGGCUCUGCGUGUCCUGCCACCUGCAACGACCGAGCGGCCCCUAGCAACUGCUCCUCGCCCUGCGUGGAGACCUGCCAGUGCAAUGAGGGCUUCGUGCUGGAUGCUGGGAAAUGCAUCCCCAAGGCCGGCUGCGGGUGCGAAUUUGAGGGCCGCCUCUACGCCCCUGGAGAGCAAUUCUGGGGGGACGGCGCCUGCAUGAGACGCUGCAUCUGCAACCCGCAAACCAGGCAGGCGAGCUGCCAGGUCGCGGGGUGCAGGACUGGGGAGCAGUGCCGGGUGGAGAAAGGCAUCCAGAACUGCUACCCCAUCAGCUACGGCAGCUGUGCGACCAGCGGGUAUUCCCACUACCGCAGCUUCGAUGGGCAGAAGUUCGAGUUCCAGGGCACCUGCCAGUACCAGCUUGCCGGGCUGAGCAAGAAGAGCCAGGAGCUGGUGGAUUUCCGGGUCCUGGUGCAGAACGCCCGCCGGGGUGGCCGAUCGGUGUCCUUCAGCAAAGUAGUGCAGGUCCAUGUCUACGGAGUGGAGACCACCGUCAGCUGGGCCUAUCGGGGCAAGAUCAUGGUGAAUGGUGUUUUGACCAAUCUGCCAUACCAAGUAGGCACAGGGAAGAUCUCCAUGUACCAGAGAGGGUGGGAUGCCGUGAUCCAGACAGAUUUUGGCCUCACUGUCACCUUUGACUGGCACAGCCGGGCCACUGUCACCGUGCCCAGCACCUACGCCAGUGCCCUGGGUGGUCUGUGCGGCAACUUCAAUGGGGACAGGAGUGACGAACCGGCUGGGAAGGACGGCGCGGGUGCCGGGCGCAGCUGGAGGGUGGCCGAGCCCUUGGGCUGCGGUGAAGUCGACGUGGGGGCCUGUCCCGACCUGGAAGCCCUCGCCAAUCGCCAGCGGGGCAUCAACACCGAGUGCGGGAUCAUCCUGGAGAAAACUGGCCCCUUCAGGGAGUGCCACAGCAAAAUUGACCCCGAGGGCUUCUUCCUCGACUGCGUGUCCGACUACUGUGCGUCCAAGGGGCAGUUGGCCGUGCUAGGGCAGGUGGUCGCCGGCUACGCCUCAGCCUGCCAGGCCGCUGGGCUGACUGUAUAUCCCUGGAGAUACCACGUCUUCUGGAAGCCAGCCUGUCCCCGGAACAGCCACUACGAGAUCUGCGCCCAGGGCUGCCAGCCGACCUGCAGCAGCCUCUACGCCCCAGUUCAGUGCUCGGCCCAGUGCUGGGAGGGCUGCAUCUGUGAUGAGGGCUUCGUGCUGAGCGGCGACCGCUGCGUGCCCAUGUCCCAGUGCGGCUGCAUCCACCAGGGCUUUUACUACCAGGCCGGGGAGACCUUCCACCCGACGUGCCAGGAGCAGUGCGUCUGCCAGGCCGGUGGGGAUGUGGCCUGCAAGGGCUUGUCCUGUGGCCCCAACGAGGAGUGCAAGGUGGCGGGCGGCAUCCGGAGAUGCCACCCUGUGGGAUCUGCCACCUGCACCGUCUCCGGCAGCUCCCGCUACAUCACCUUCGACGGCACUGCCGCCAACUUCCAGGGUACCUGCACCUAUGCCCUGGCCACGACCUGCGCCAACGCUCAGACGCUGACGCCCUUCGCCGUCCACCUGGAGAACAAGCCGUGGGGCACCGGGCAGGUCUCCGUGGCCAAGCUGGUGUCCAUCCGCCUCUAUGGGACCACCCUUGCCCUGCUGCAGGGCAUGAGGGGGCUGAUCAGGGUGGACGGGGUGUCCCACAACCUGCCUGUGGUCAUGGCCGACGGGCGGCUCUGGGCGUAUCAGCACGGCGGGAACGUGUUGGUGCAAACCGACUUCGGCCUCACCGUGAGCUACAACCUCCUGUACAACGUGAGAGUCACCGUCCCGGGGAACUACCAGGGCCAGACGUGCGGCCUGUGCGGGAACUACAACGGGCGUCGGGACGACGAGUUCCUGCUCCCCGAUGGCAGGGCGGCCCCUAACGUGGCAGUGUUCGCCUCUGCCUGGAAAAUCCCAGUCCCAGGCGUGGUCUGUGCGGACGGAUGCGCCGGGAACAGCUGUCCGGUUUGCGAAGAGACCAAAAAGGACGUCUUCAAACAGCGCAACUACUGCGGGCUGCUCACGGCCCCCGACGGUCCCUUCGCCGCCUGCCACAGCACGGUCAGCCCCAGUGUGUAUUUCAACAGCUGUCUGUAUGAUCUGUGCCUGGGCAACGGGGACUCCCAGCUCCUGUGCCAGAGCAUCCACAGCUAUGUGACGGCCUGCCAGGAUGCCGGGGCCCCCAUCCAGCCCUGGAGGAGCGCCUCCUUCUGCCCUCUGAGUUGCCCAGCCAACAGCCACUAUGAGGUGUGUGCCGACCUCUGCACUGCGACCUGCGCCGGGAUCACCGACUCCACCCCGUGCCUGGAGACCUGCGCCGAAGGCUGCCAGUGCGACAAUGGCUUCCUCUUCGAUGGCCAGGGCUGCGUGACUGUGGAGAGUUGUGGCUGCUUCGAGGAGGGGAGAUACUACAAGCCCAACGAGACGGUGCUGGCAAGCAAGUGUCAGCAAAGAUGCAACUGCAGCCCGGCCCGAGGGCUGAGCUGCGAGUCCCACAGCUGUGCCAGUGAUGAAACCUGUGAGAUCAAAGAUGGUGUCAUGGGCUGCAUCAACAAAGACCCCUGCAAAUCCCUGAGAUGCCGGACCAAGGAGACAUGUAAGGUCGAGAAUGGUCGUGCAACGUGUGUCCCUGACUACAAGACGACCUGCUGGGGCUGGGGGGACCCACACUAUCACACCUUCGAUGGGCUGAACUUCAACUUCCAGGGUACCUGCACCUACACCCUGGCCAAGUACUGCGGGACCGACCCCACCCUGGAGCCCUUCACCAUUGACGAGAAGAACGAUAACAGGGGGGGUAACCAGGUUGUCUCCUACGUGCGCCUGACCAACAUCUACGUCUAUGGGUACAACAUCUCCAUCUACAAGAAAGAAGUCGGCAAAGUCCGGCUGAAUGACGUCGUCACCAGCCUGCCGCUGACCCUGGCCGACGGCAAGCUGCGGCUUUUCCAGAGCGGCCUGAGCGCCGUGCUGCAGACGGCCUUCGGCCUGGAGGUCUCCUUUGACUGGAACUGGCUGCUGCAGGUGACCCUGCCCAGCAGCUACUAUGGCGCCACCUGCGGCUUGUGUGGGAAUUACAACCAGGACCCAGCAGACGACAUGGCGACGCCGGCCGGCGCCCGGCUCAGCACGGUGGUGGAGUGGGCCGCCAGCUGGAAGGUGAGGGACCGCGACCCGUUCUGCUGGCACGUCUGCCAGGGGAAAUGCCCCACCUGCGAGGAGGAGCAGCGGCAGCGCUACCACCGGGACGAGGCCUGCGGGCUGAUUGCCAAGGUGGAUGGCCCCUACCGCGAAUGCCACCACAAGCUCAGCCCGGACAACUUCUUCGACAGCUGCAUCUACGACGUCUGCCUCAACGGGGGUGCCAAGAGCAUGCUGUGCCAGGCGCUGGGUGCCUAUGCCGCCAGCUGCCGCAAGGAGGGGGUCGUGGUCCGUGAUUGGAGGACGCAAUCCGGCUGCACCCUGCCCUGCCCUGAGAACAGCCACUAUGAGGCCUGUGGGAACGCCUGCCCGGCCAGCUGCUCUGACCGAACUGCCCCCUCCUCCUGCCGGGAGCCCUGCGUGGAGACCUGCCAGUGUGACGAUGGUUAUGUCCUCAGCGCUGGCCAGUGUGUCCCCGUGGGGAGCUGCGGAUGCGACUACAAUGGCCGCUACUACCAACCCAACGAGGAGUUCUGGGCCGAUGAGAACUGCCGCUCUCGGUGCAGGUGUGACCCCAGCCUGGGCAUGGUGGUUUGCCAGGAGACCAGCUGCAAGGCCAGUGAGAGAUGCGCCGUGAUCAACGGGGUCCGUGGCUGCCACGCAAUCAGCUACUCCACGUGCACGGUCUCCGGGGACCACCACUACACCACCUUCACUGGGCGAAGAUAUGACUUCCAGGGCACGUGCAUCUACCAGCUGGCUGGGCUCUGCUCCAAGGACCCCACACUCACCCCGUUCAACAUCACAAUCUGGAACAACCGUGGCAGCAGGGCCUUGUCCUUUGCCAAGGUGGUGACCGUGGAGGUGUACGGCAGAACCAUUGCUGUCAGCCAGCAGCACCCUCGCAGGAUCCAGGUGGAUGGAGUCUUUGUGGACCUGCCUUUCUACCAGGAGGAGACGCUCCAGGCCUACGUCAGCGGAGCCCAAGUCCUCAUCAAGACCGCCUUCGACCUGAGGGUGACCUUCGACGGGAGCGGCCUGGUCAGGGUCACCGUGCCCAACACCUACACCAACGCCCUCUGCGGUCUGUGUGGCAACGGCAACCAGAGCCCCGGCCAAGAUCUGAUCAUGAGGGACGGGAGCCGGGCUGCCAAUGCCGUCCAGUUCGCAGAGAGCUGGAAGGUGAGGGAGGUCCCAGGGUGCUCGGACAGCUGCACCGGGGACUGCCUAGUCUGCAGUGAGGCUCAGAGACAACCCUACAAGGGAGACCAGUACUGCGGGAUCAUCACCAGAGGGGACGGGCCAUUCAGACAGUGCCAUGGGGCCAUCGACCCAGCCCCCUUCCUCAAUGAUUGUCUCUCCGACACCUGCCAGUACAAGGGGCAUCACUCGGCUCUGUGCGACGCGAUCGGCGCCUACACGACAGCCUGCCAGGCUGGGGGCAUCCAGAUAGGGCCUUGGAGAACGGCCUCAUUCUGCAGCCCCACCUGCCCCCUUAACUCCCACUACGAGCUCUGUGGGAGCGGCUGCCCUGCCACCUGCCACGGGCUCUCGGCGCCGGACGGCUGUGACGCUCCCUGUGCUGAAGGGUGUUUCUGUGACGCCGGGUUCCUCCUGAGCGGAGACCGGUGCGUCCCCGUUGCGCAGUGCGGCUGUGUGCACCAGGGCAGGUACUACAGGAAGGAAGAGGAGUUCUACCCCAGUGCCUCCUGCCAGGAACGGUGCCGGUGCAAAGACAACGGGGUCGUCAAGUGCCAGGAGGCUUCUUGCGGAGCCAAUGAGCAGUGCGGGGUGGAGAAUGGAAUCCUAGGCUGCCACGCCACGGGCUGUGGCAAAUGUGUAGUGUCUGGCGAUUCCCACUACCUGACCUUCGAUGGACGGGCCUUUGACUUCCAGGGCUCCUGCUCUUACACCUUAGCCGAGCUCUGCAGCAGUGUCCCCCGACUGGCGAACUUCUCUUUGAUGGUGGAGAAGGAGAGCUCUGGCGAUGGUCGCGUGGCUCGGAUGAGGUCGCUGGUAGUCUCUGUCCAAGGCUACACCAUCACCGUGGAGAGGGGGAGGAAAUGGACAGUCGUGGUGAACGGGGAGCUCUAUGCUCUGCCGCUGGCCCUAGACAGCGGGAGAAUCCAUGUGAACCAGGAGGGGAAGAAUGUCGUUGUCCAGACCGAUUUUGGCCUCAAAGUCCUUUACGAUGCUUCCUACUACGCCUUGGUGUCCGUCCCCAGCUCCUACAAGGGACACGUGUGCGGCUUGUGCAGCAACUUCAAUGGCGACAAGAACGACGACUUCCUGCUGCCCAGUGGGAAGAGCGCCCGGAACGCAGAUGAGUUCGGGGCCUCUUGGAAGGUGCCCAUUGAUGGUGCCACGUGCGCCGAUGGCUGUGGGGAAAGAUGCCCCGUCUGCGAUGCAGCGAAGACGGCGCCGUACCAGGUCGAGAGCUCCUGUGGGCUGAUCAGAGCCGCCGUAGGUCCCUUCAGAGACUGUCACUUGCUGGUCAGCCCUGCUGAGUACUUCAACCAUUGUCUCUAUGACAUGUGUGCCACCAAUGGGGCGGGAGAGACCCUGUGCCAGAGCCUCCAGGCCUACGCGGCCGCGUGCCAGGCAGCUGGGGCCAAGAUCAGAGCCUGGAGAACGGCCUCCUUCUGCCCCCUGGCCUGCCCAGCCAACAGCCACUACGAGCUGUGCACUAGAUCCUGUGAUUUCACCUGUGCUGGCUUGUCCACCCCUGCCCAAUGCACCAUGAAGUGCUUUGAAGGCUGCCAGUGCGACGUGGGCUACGCGGCCGAUGGGGAGGGGUGCGUGGCCAUGGCUAGGUGCGGCUGUGUGCGCGACGGACGCUACAUCAAGGCCGGGGAAAGCGUCGUCUCCAGUGCUUGCUCUGAGAAGUGCACCUGCCAGGCCUCAGGCGGGCUCGUCUGCGAGCCACACAGCUGCCCUGCCGGAGAGGCCUGCACACUCCAGGACGGGGUGCGUGGCUGCAUUUCACAGAAUAUUCCGACGUCAUCCUGCAGUGUGGUCCUCUGCAAGGAAGGAACAGUUUGUAAGAUGAUAGAUGGGGAGCCAGAGUGUUUGCCAGUUUCUGCGGCCACGUGUUGGGCUGGGGGUUACUUGCAUUACCACACCUUCGAUGGCCGACCGUAUGACAUCCAUGGCACCUGCACCUACACCGUGGCCAAGACCUGCGGGUGUGACUGUGACCCGCACUCCUUUGACAUCACGGCUGAGAGUGGGAAAUGGGGGAACACACAGGUCUCAUACAUUGGGUCGCUAACCAUCCAGGUGGAUGGCAUUACCAUCACAGUGGCCAGGGCAGAGGUCGGCUUUGUAAGGGUGAAUAACACCAGGGCCCACUUACCCAUCUCCCUGAACAACGGGGCCCUUCGGCUCUAUCAGAGCGGCACCUCCCUCGUCCUCCGCACUGACUUCAACCUCAGAGUGUCCUAUGACUGGAACAACCACCUGAGGGUCACCGUCCCUAAUGACUUCUCCGACAGCCUGUGCGGCCUGUGCGGCAACUAUAAUGGGAACCCCUCCGAUGACUUCUGGACCCCAGCCGAGGAUCAGGAUCCCAGUGUCAUUCUCCAGGAGCAAAGCUUAGCAGUGACAGAUGAGGAUCAGUUUUGCUGGCACGAUUGCAUUGGAGGUUGCAGACCCUGUGCCCCCAGCAUAGCCAGAAAGUACAAGGAGGAGGCCUCGUGCGGCCUGAUAGCCAAGGUCUCAGAUGGGCCCUUCAGCCAGUGCCACAGCAAGGUGGAUCCUACAGUCUACUUGGACAACUGCGUGUACGAUCUGUGCCACAACGACGGCUAUAGGAAAGCCCUGUGUGAGGCCCUGAAGGCCUACGCGGACGCCUGCCAGCUGGAGGGGGUCAGGAUUGGGGAAUGGAGGCAGCUGGCCAGAUGCCCCAUGGAGUGCCCCCUGGAGAACAGCCAGUACCAGCUCUGUGGAACAGCCUGCCCAGCCACGUGUGUGGACCAGUCAGCCCCAAGCAGCUGCCAAGACCCCUGUGUGGAAAGCUGCCAGUGCACGGAUGGUUUUGUGCUGAGCCAGGGCAAAUGCGUCCCCAAGGGCAGCUGUGGGUGCCUAUUCGAGGGGCGCCCCUUUGCCCCCAACGAGAGCUUCUGGGUCGACGAGGCAUGUGGGACACGGUGCAUGUGCAACGCAGCCACUAGACAAGUCGAAUGCAUGGCUGCUAAAUGCAAACGUUCAGAGAGGUGUGGGCUAGUGAAUGGCAUAAGGGGCUGUUACCCCUCUAGCUAUGCCACCUGCUCUGUGACAAGGAAUCUGCACUAUUCCACCUUUGAUGGACAGAGAUACAACUUCCAAGGCACCUGCUACUACCAGCUAACUGCCCUGUGCAAGAAGGCAGAGGGACUGGUGGACUUUGAAGUCUAUUUCCAGGAGAAUAGCACUGCUCCUGUACAGAUCAAGGUUUAUGAGACUGACAUCAGGAUCAGUAAUCAAUUCCCUGGCAAAAUCAUGGUGAACAGUUUCCUGAUUAAUCUUCCCUUCAACCUCGAUAAGAAAAUCACUGUGUAUAGAAAGGGCUGGGCCACAGUGAUCCAGACAGACUUUGGUCUCACCGUUACCUAUGCCAGGUGGUCAGGACGCAGCACGGUGACUCUGCCAGUUGCCUAUGCGGGAGCCGUGUGUGGUCUGUGUGGCAAUUUUAACAUGGACAGGAAGGAUGACAUGCUUAUGAGGGAUGGCACGCUGGCACCAAACCCCAUCAGCUUUGGCCAGAGCUGGAAGGUGGGAGACCUCCCAGGAUGCUCUUCAGUAAUGAUACCACCUUGCGCAACUCUAGAAGCUAUUGAAAAAGAACAACGAGGUAGCAGAGUGCAGUGUGGGCUCAUUCUAUACAAGAAUGGCCCUUUCAGAGAAUGUCACAGCAAAGUGGACCCCAAUGGAUACUUCCUAGACUGCGUGUACGGCUAUUGCUUCCUCAGUGGGCGGGAGAGUAACGUCUGCCAGGCUGUUGCUGGCUAUGCCGAGGCAUGUCAGGAAGCUGGAGCUAUGGUGCGUCCCUGGAGGACUACGCAAUUCUGCUAUCUGUCCUGUCCCCUGAACAGUCACUAUGAAUUAUGCAGCAGCAGCUGCGAUCUGACAUGCAGCAACCUCUAUGCCCCGGUGCAAUGCACGACCCAGUGUAAGGAAGGCUGCAUGUGUGAUGAGGGCUUUGUUCUCAGUGGUGACCUCUGCGUCCCCAUUUCCCAGUGCGGAUGCCUCCACAGAGGACUUUACUACCAGCCUGGGGAGACCUUCCACCCGAGCGGUUCAUGCGAGGAGCAGUGCAUGUGUCAGGCCGGUGGGGAGGUCGUGUGUAAGGCUUUCUCCUGCGGUGCUGGUGAGCAAUGCAGGUUGGUGGACGGUGUCCAGAAAUGUCACCCAUUUGGAUCUGCGACCUGUUCUGCCUCUGGCCAUCCCCACUACCUCUCUUUCGACGGGGUCCCCUUUGACUUCCAAGGCACCUGCACCUACAUCCUGGCCAAGACCUGCACCGAUGCCAGUGACCUUAUACCAUUCACUAUCAGCGUAGAGAAAGAAGAUUGGGGCACCAGGAACAUGUCCGUGGCCAAGCUGGUGUCCAUUCAGGUGUAUGGGAUCACUCUCACCCUGCUGCAGAACAAACAGGGGCUCAUCAUGGUGGAUGGGGUGUUCCACAACCUCCCGGUGAUCACGGUCAACAGGCGGCUCCAAGCAUAUCAGCAUGGUACUAACAUCCUGGUGCAAACUGACUUUGGCCUCAUUGUGAGUUACGACCUGGUUUACCAGGCCAGAGUCACCGUUCCACAGCGAUACCAGGGCCACACCUGUGGCCUGUGUGGGAACUACAGUGGACGGCAGGACAGCAAGCUCCUGCUCCCCAAUGGCAGGACAGCCUCUGAUGUGGCAGCAUUUGGCUCUGCUUGGGAAGUCCAGGUCCCAGGAGCAUCAUGUGUAGACAGAUGUGCUGGGAACAGCUGUCCAGUUUGUGAGGAGAGGAAGAAGGACGUCUUCAAACAGCACCACUACUGCGGGUUGCUCACAGCCCCUGACAGCCCCUUCACUGCCUGCCACGGCACGGUCAGCCCCAGUGUGUAUUUCAACAACUGCCUGUAUGAUCUGUGCCUGAGCAACAGGGAGUCCCAGGUCCUGUGCCAGAGCAUGCACAGCUACGUGACAGCCUGCCAAGAGGCCAAGGUCACCAUCCCGCCCUGGAGGAGCGCUUCCUUCUGCCCUGUGACCUGCCCUGCCAACAGCCACUAUGAGGUCUGUGCUGACCUCUGCACUGUCGCCUGCGCUGGAAACAUCAUAGAUUGCCCGGAGACCUGUGCCGAAGGCUGCCAAUGUGACGAGGGCUUCUUCUUCGAUGGCCAGGGCUGUGUGACUCAGGAGAGCUGUGGAUGCUUCGAACAGGGGAGAUACUACAAGGUAUCACCACAAGUGGUCUGGGUCUGA